UGUCAUUCUACAACAUUUUGUUUAUUUUUCGAUUGUGUUACUAAAAAUUUCCGCCGGUUAUGUGUCAAAAAACCAAAAAUCUUUCUUUAUAAAUGUCCUACUGCAUGGCCCCUCAAGACAUCGAAUAUCCAUGUUCGAAACGAAACAAGUGCAAAAAUUCUCGAAAAUAUAGAAACGACAUCCACGAACGACCCGUAAGAGACACUCCAGGCAUCAUUACCGAACCCACCAUUAACCAUUUCCCUCCACCCGAGCCUCCUGGGCCAUCCAGUGACUGGGAACUACAGUACUGCAAAUGGUCUGGGUGGACAUGGGUAAAAAAAAGCGACAGAGAAGAGUUUCGACCUCGAGUUGAGUUAAGGCAACCAUCCGAUUCACCAAAGGAAUUUUCCCCCGCCCAACAACCUCCAGGUGAGAAAAAAAAGAAAAAGGGAAGAUUAUUUAGCUGUUUUAAGAAAAGUACAAACGAUAACAGGGCCUCACAAAGAACCACCCCAAACGCUCCGCUCCCAAGACCCGCUCAACCCGAGCCACAACCAAUCAACGACGCGGUUUUGGACGAUUUUGACGAUUGCUGCUGUUGCGGGAUGGACUAUGAGUGCUGUUGUAAUGUUUGUCCUUGUGUGACUCAAGUUUGCUGCUGUUGUCCGUGUGAACGUGACCAAGGAAAACGACGCGAAAGCAAAACUAUAGAAACACAAACCGUAAAAGAAAUGAAAGAAAAAGCGACAAAAAUAAGUGAAAUGCAUCUUCCCAGGCCACGCCCUUGUUGUGUGCGAAAACGUAAAUGUAAAUGUAGGUGUAAGAGACCUGUUUGUUGUCCUUGUCGACAAAAGGCUUGCUGUCCUUGUGUCCAACCUUUAUGUUGUCCCUGUAAAAGCAACCAACCAGACGAAAAUUCUUCCAAGAAAAAAAAUGAUGAUUCCUCGACAAUAAACAGUGACAAUAUUGUCAAUUUCUGCCUGACUAAUUAUUUAGGGAGUAAGAAACCUUCUUCUAGUGAUUUCAAAUCGAAUGCCUUACUUAAAUCACUCGAUCUCUUACUGAAAAAUAACAUAAAUAUCAUGAAUCUGUUCAACGAUAAGAAAGAUUUGAAGCACGAGGUGAAGCCAAUCGUUUCGAACCAAACGAUAAGUUGCUUAUCAUCUGAUAAUGUCAUAAAAAGGACCGGUCAGGAGCACAACAAGUUAUUAACAGCAGUGUGUGAUGCAAUUCUUUCAAGUCAUAAAUUCGACAACGACAAAUUCAGUUCAAGACCUCAGUUUACAGACUCUCGUUUUAAUUUUAAAAAUUCAGAUUCGAAAGAAUCGUUUAAUAUUUUUUCGAGUAAAGAAAUCCUGGGACGGAUUUUGAGCGAUUUGAAUUUUUCUAUGAACAAGAGUCUGGAUGGUCCAAGUAUACCCAAAGAGGUGGGAAUAAGUAAAAAUGGGCCGCAAAAAAUCGAUAGUUUUUAUUAUCCAAAACGAUCUUUGACGAAGUUGAUAAGAAAUAAGAGUCGCAUACUGACAGCUCCUCGUUUUCCGAAAAAAAUUGAAGCUUUGAGGAAGCUGGAUUUGCUUAAAUCAGGGCGUGAUGAUUCAAGGGUGAAACGAGGGUUUGGGGGUCACUAUAAGAAAGUAAGUGGUCUGAAAGUAGAUGAUCCUAAGAAGGGAAAACUCGACGAGAGUAAAAUAAGUUUCACCGAUAUUUUCAAAAAUAGUCAAGCAGUGAAUAAAUUAAAUUCGAAUCAGAAAAGUUCCCAAAUGUGUUCAACAUCCAGACAAGACACCUCGACACUGGAAUCUGUGGAAGCGCUCUUGAAGUCGCUCGAUUUAACAGAUGACUCAACAGGUGCUAAUUUUAAAAAUCAUGAAAAAAUUAGUAAUGAAAGAAAUCGACUCGAAACUCUUCUACAGGAUCACCAAUUGAAUCUACUAGAUUCGACUUCACCUCCUUUUACUGAUUUUGAUUUACUUUUGACCAACGAUGAAGACAGGCAAGAAGUGCAGGACAAUAAGAAACCAAAGGAUUGUUCCAGUAAAUAAUUUUGCCUGUAAUCUAUAGUGUAGUAAACGUCUUA